CCAGUAUGGUGGCUGAUUCUAGAACUAGUAUGAGUAAGUUUUUGGCUGGUGUGUCUAGUUAUGUUGUGAAAGAGUGUAGAUCUGUUAUGCUUAAUAGGGACAUGGACCUUUCUAGACUAAUGAUACAUGCUCAGUAGAUUUAAGCGGACAAGGUGAAGGAGAGAGAAAGAGUAAGGGCAAAUAAGAGAGAUAGAUCAGAGAAGCAGGGGUAUGGUUAGACUAGAUUUUCUAGAGGGAAUCGCCCUCAGUCCCAGAACCGUUCACUUGUGCCAGUGCCUUUAUCAGCCAGUGCUCCUACAUUUAGAAUCAGGCAGGAGUAGGAUAAUAGGUCUACUAUGUCCAGGUCCCAGGACAGUGUGAGUAACAAACCUCAUCCUCCCCCAUGCCUAAAGUACGGUAGGAACCAUCCUGGUGAGUGCUUAGUCGAUUGGAGGGGUUGUUUUUGUUGUGGUAAGUUGGGCCACAGAUUCAGGGAUUGCCCAUACGCUAGACAAGAGAGUCGUGAUGUUCGUCCCUAGAGUCAAGCUAUUAGUGCUCCAGCCCCUUUAGUUCGUCCUACUCUUUCCCAGGGUGCCUCAUCUAGUACUGCUGAUGGUCAGCACCAGAAUCUCUUUUGUACUAUACCACCCCGCCAGGAGCAGGAGGAUUCACUAGAUGUUACUGGUUUGGGUGCUCAGUCUCAACAGCGACAGUGAUCUUUGAAUACCUUCAUCUACAUUUCUGCAGUUGGUGAGUCAUCAUGGUUCGAGGACCUAUGACCCUGAUUUUGCUUUGUUAGUAGAUGGUUAUUUCUUCUUAGUUUCAGUAUGAGUCAGUGGGGGAUCUGUCUCAAUGGCUCCUCAGUCUUAUAUAGUAGAGGCUUUUGUCAGACUAGAGUACCAAUAUGUACAAAAAUUUCAGUAUUUUGAUUGUACAGGCCGGUAGUUCGUCAUAUUCCAGUAUGUUCAUGACAUGAUUGUUCUUCCUUGUUUUAGCUUGGUUAUUGUCAUAGUGAGUUCUAAAAGUGAUGAGAGGUUGGGAGGGUUAUAUUGGGGCCACAUGUGGCCUUAAGCACCGUGUGACGUCUCAGGAUAGGUUCUUGGGGCGUUAUAGUAUAGUAACAAUGCUGCUGCUGAAGAAGAAAUGGGCAUGGAUAUGGAUGAUUUUCCUGAACUCGACCCGAUUAUGAAGGUUGAUGAAGAGAAGGAGAUUGGAAAAAAUAGGAUAAAGAAGAAGCUUUUGAAAGAAGGUGAAGGUUGGGAUAGAGCUAGUAAAGGAGUUAAUUGGUGAUUUGAACGAUGCAUUAUGAUGUAUAUUAAUAUAUGGAUUAAAGGAUUACUUUUUUAAAAUUGGUGGUUUGAAUGAUGCAUUAUUAUGUGGGUACAUUGCUUGAUGGAACUCAUUUUGAUUCAAGGCGAUAUCGUGGUACCCCGUUCAAGUUUAAGCUUGGCGAAGGGCAAGUGAUCAAAGGGUGGGAUGAAGGUAUAAAGACGAUGAAAAAAGGAGAGAAAGCUUUGUUCACUAUACCUCCAGAAAUAGCAUACGGUGAAUCUAGAGCCCCUCCUACUAUAUCUCCGAACGCCACUCUACAAUUUGAAGUGGAAUUGUUAUCUUGGAUUAGUAUCAAAGACAUAUGCAAAGAUGGUAGAAUUUUCAAGGAGAUACUCGUCGAGGGAGAAGGAUGGAAAAAUCUUAAAGACCUUGAUGAGGUGUUUGUUAAAUACGAGGCUCGCUUUGAGGAUGGUACGCUUGUGUCAAAAUUCGACGGAGUGGAAUUCCCUGUGAAAGAUGGCUAUUUUUGUCCUGCUUUAUCGAAGGCUGUUAAGACAAUGGAGAAAGGCGAGAAAGUUUUACCGACAGUGAAGCCACAAUGUCAGGCGAGAAAGAUGAUUUUGAAAGAAAGAGAGGGCUAUGAUCGUCCAAAUGAUGGUGCUCUUGUAAAGGUGAAAUUAAUGGGAAAACUUCAGGACGAAACUGUUUUUGUAAAGAAAAGAUACGAUGAGGAGGAGCCGUUUGAGUUUAAGAUAGAUGAAGAACAAGUAAUCGAUGGAUUAGAUAGAGUGGUGAAAAAAAUAAAGAAGAGGGAAGUUUCUCUGAUAACAAUUCAACCAGAAUAUGCAUUUGGUUUAUCUGAUGCUCCUCAAGAAUUAGCUAUUGUUCCUGGCAAUUCGAUCGUGUACUAUGAAGGUGAGUUGGUGUCAUUUGAGAAGGUUGGUGCUCUUUAAUUUUCCUUGUUUUCCUUAUUUUAAGCAAGUGACAAUGGACGAAACAGUGGAAGUAAAGGGGCACAAGGGGGUUCAUCCGAAUCCCUUUGCUGAUAUAUUACACUGUAUAGACAAGGUCAAAAGUAUCUUUUACGUAGAAAUAACAUAUGUUGAAUCUCCUUAUCUUCUUUUGUUACUUCUUUAUAUUUUGAGUCCCCUUAAUAAAAAUUUGGAGUGUAACCAUCUCACUUGGAGUGAUGGUGAUUGAGUUAUCUCAAAUCCAUAAUAAGUAGCCAGGAUGCAGUUGAGAAUUCAGUUAACACCAACUCAAUUGGGAUACAAUUUGCCUUGGUUAAUACGUAAACAUACUAUGUGUUUGAUGUGUUCAAUGCCUAUUGUAGUUCUUUAUGGUCUCUGUGGGCUUUGCUAUUGUUUUGGGGUUUACAUACUUACAGAUAUGACGUUAUGCUUUAAGUGCAGUGUGGAGAAGGAACCACCUUCAGCACUUAUGCUUAAAGGGGGAUGAUGCACCGAUUUUGCGUCAUAAAGAAAUAGCUAAUUUCCCCAAUUUACACCAAGAACUAAUUUAGGGCACCAAAUAAUGUUCAAAAUAUAAAAGAGGAUAAUUGGCAUAAGGCGGAAGGAAAAUAAUAAACUAUAAAAUAACAAGGAAUCAAACAAAUACCUUCGAGAAUAAUUCCAUAGUCCUCUUUUAUGUUCACCAAAAACCUAGUGAAGUUCUUCUAUGUCCCCUUGUGGAAGAGGCCUGUUCUCAGCUUUAUUAAUUUGGAAUAAAUAGAAUCUAAAAGAGAGUUUUGAAACCUCAAAAGCUGCUUUCCUUGCUUCAGAUUACUCUACAACUCCACCUAAGUUGGGGGUAGCUCUAUAGGAGUAGUCACGACCGUUAAAUUUUUAAAACAAACUAAUAACAGGAUUGUUAAUUUUUAGAUUCUUCAAGAAUUUUUCACUGUUUAUAUAGAUAGUUAAGAUGCCCUUUAGGUUUGAGGUAUGGUUAGAUUUUUUGGAUAAUAACUCCAACAAAUCCAAAUCGACGUUUUCCACGCACUCUCAAGCCGAUGACUUUUUCUUCUUCGUAGAGUUUAAAUUUCCUGUCCCGUUCUUGUCUAUGAACUGUAUUUUGUACUAGCUCUAAGAUUGAAAAUCAGAUAUUACUCUGAAUAUGAUUUUAGUCCAGGUUAUUUCCAUCUUUCUAUUAUCUGAAUGCACCUUGAUUUUUGUAGGAAAGAUAGCCUGUCAACUGAAUACUUAACCGUGAAAGGGAGAACUAGUGUUGAUACUAAGGUGACGAAAUACUUCGUUCUAAUUGUUUGUUUUUUAUUUGAUUCCAUUUUUGACUUGGAAUUUCCUUUGCUUCAUAUGAUAUCUGUUAGCCUCACAAUAUGGAGAUUGAAGCUGAAAUUAAUCAUCUCAAGUUGAUCCUGGUAUCUCUCUUUGGACAAUUUGCUAUUGAAUUUUUCUUACCCUACUCGGAAACAACAUUUCUUUGUUCAGAAUUUUUUUACGUAAAUUUUCCCUGAGAAUCAAUGCCUAUAUGGUUUGUUGCUGUUUUUAGCAUCAAAAGGAGCCGGAGUUAACUCAGUUGAAGCAGCAAAUUGAAAAGGAAAAGGAAUAAUUUUCCUGAUGCGGAUUAGGGUAGAGGGUUAGGGGGUGAGAGCAUUUCUUUAUUUCUCUAUUUGGUACCUAUAACCAUGCAGGCAUCCUGGCGUGUAACAUUUAACAUGUUUAUACAUGCGUUCUGUUUAUUGUUCAUUGCUAAUCGAAUUUAUACUAUGGUUUUUGUGUUGUACUAUAUUUAGGAUAAAAUUGAACUCGCUGUAAGUCAAAAGCACAAUGGACGAGUCUGAAGUUUCUCCAAAUGAUGAUGUUGGUAAGGUGUUAGGAAAAGAGCAUUCUGGAAGGGUGAGGUGCUUGGGACUAGGAGCUGUUCCGAACAGAUCAUUUAAACAAACACGUCCUCAUAUUGUUGGUAUGAGUUCUUCAAGUAGUAACAGUUCAUGUCUAUCCAAUUGCCAAGAGAACUACAUUCAAAUGUUAAAUGCUCAAAAGCAAAGUCAAGAGAACUACAAAGAAAUGGUGAGUUCUCACAAUUUAAUGAUGAAUACUUUCAAGGUAUAUAUGAUAAUGAAAGAAGGCACAAUACCUGAACAGUUUGCAGGAUUUUUCACUCCUUCUACGCCAAGUGAUGUCUCUAGUGGACCUCUUUCGAAUGUGAAUGGACGAUUAUCUGGUGAUAGUUAUUCUAGCGAUGAUCAUUGAAAUUUGUAAUCGUAUUAGUAAUUAUGACAAUGUUAUUGAAUCUUUGUUGGAACAAUAUUUUGUGUUUAAAUUAGUUUUUAAGAUUAAUGACAAUAUUUUUGUGGUA